GAAGCAACUUUAAAUAAGCUUACCCAAACACCCCCGAAGUCUUGUAAAAUGAACGUAUUCUUCCGGUGAAACAAAACCAUCAUUUCUACCGAAAGCAUCACUGAUUCCAGAGAGAGGAAAGUGUGUGAAAAUAUGGUGAACUACAUGUUGUAUAUCAGCGGGGAGCUCGAAAAUCUCACAAACUUUCAGCCUCGAGGCGGUGUUGAUGAUCCUGACUUCACCUACUACUUCAAGUUGAAGUGUGAAAACUGUGGUGAGGUGACUGAGAAAGAGACAUGCGUUAGCCUGAAUGAGACACUUCCUCUACCAAAAAAGGGUACCACCAAUCUUAUCCAAAAGUGUAAGUUCUGUAAAAGGGAAGGAACAGUGACCAUGAUCCCAGGCCGAGGCUCUCCGCUUACUAAUGACUCCAGUGAGACAGGGAAGUAUGCUCCUUUGAUGGUAUUCGACUGCAGGGGUUAUGAACCAUUGGAUUUCGCAUUCAGCAGUGGGUGGAAAGCUGAAUCUAUGGAAGGAACGAAAUUUGAGGAUAUCGACUUGUCUGGAGGGGACUUUGCCGAGUAUGAUGAGAAGGGAGAGUGUCCGGUGAUGAUCUCUAACGUGCGUGCUAUGUUCAAAGUUGUCGACUUGAGUAAGAAAAAUCUCUAAAUAAUAGCAUCGUUUUAUACAUGCAGUGGAUAAAUCUUUUCGAAUUCUGUCGUUUUUUAUACAAGAAAAAAUUGAUGGGGUAUGCAUUAUGCAAUAUCUGUUUAGGGUCGAAUUGCUUGCCCAUAUACUUUUCGUGUUAUUUUUCAAGCGUUGUCGGUGGUCAAUGUUUGGGUCCAUGGAAUUCAAUAUCAUCUUCACACAUCAACUUCAAGACACCAAUUUUGC